AUGGCUCUCGUUAUGGAACCUAUUAGCAAGUGGACGCCCAAGCAAGUAGUGGAUUGGAUGAAAGGCCUUGAUGACUGCCUCCAACAAUACAUUAAAAAUUUUGAAAGGGAAAAGAUCAAUGGGGAGCAGCUGUUACACAUCACUCAUCAAGAGCUUGAGGAACUGGGAGUCACUCGUAUCGGUCACCAAGAACUAAUCUUGGAAGCAGUUGACCUGCUCUGUGCAUUGAAUUAUGGUUUGGAGACAGAAAACCUAAGAACACUUUCUCACAAGCUGAAUGCCUCAGCCAAAAAUCUUCAGAAUUUUAUAACGGGUAGAAGGAGGAGUGGCCAUUAUGAUGGCAGGGCCUCCAGACGACUGCCAAAUGAUUUUCUUACCUCUGUGGUUGACCUGAUUGGUGCUGCCAAGAACUUGUUAGCCUGGCUGGACAGGUCUCCAUUUGUCAGUGUAACAGAAUACUCAUUGCUAAAAAACAACAUUGUUCAACUGUGCCUGGAAUUAACAACCAUUGUGCAGCAGGAUUGCACAGUGUAUGAAACAGAAAAUAAAAUUCUUCAUGUGUGUAAAACUCUGUCUGGGAUCUGUGAUCAUAUCAUUUCUCUCUCAUCUGAUUCUCUGGUGUCUCAGUCAGCACAUCUAGAAGUAGUUCAUCUUACCAGCAUUAUGCCCAGUGAGGGUUUGGGGAUGUAUAUCAAAUCAACAUAUGAUGGGCUGCACGUAAUCACUGGAACUACUGAAAAUUCUCCUGCAGACCAGUGUAAGAAGAUUCAUGCAGGGGAUGAGGUGAUCCAGGUCAACCAUCAAACUGUGGUUGGCUGGCAGUUAAAGAACCUAGUAAAUGCAUUGCGGGAAGACCCAAAUGGAGUGAUCUUAACCUUGAAAAAACGGCCUCAGAACACCCUGGUUUCUGCUCCUGCACUUCUGAAGAAUGUGAGGUGGAAGCCUCUUGCACUUCAGCCUGUAAUUCCAACCAGCCCAACUAGUAGCUCCACAACACCAACCAGCACAAUGGGCAUGUCCUCAAAAUUGGACAGUUCAGCUCUCCAGGACAUUUUCAUCCUCUCUCCUCUUUAUGGUCCAAGGGAUGACAUUGGAAUAAUGUCUUGUGAUGACAUCAGCAAAUAUGGAAAGUCUGGAAUGAAAGGCUCUGAAUCUCCAAGCUACUUUCUAGAGCAUGAAAGUGGAAAGUAUUACUCAUUAAUUGAAGGUGAGGGCCAUCCCAUGGGCUCUGAGUAUGAGAGAGGCAGAACAACAGGGGUUCGGAGAAGAGAAAAGACACCCACUCAUGGUGACUUGAGGCCUGUUUCUAUGCCUACAGAGUACAGCUGGAUAGGGGAGUCAAAAGAACAAAAUGUGUACAAGAGAGGAAGCCGAGAAGAAAAUUCACUCCUGCGAUACUUAAGUGAUGACAAGAUUUUAGUGAUCCAGGAAGAGCCUUUGACACAGAAAGACAACAAAAGGGACACAGGCCGCAGGUCAAGAAAAAAGGGCAAAAACACAGGCAGCCCAAACUAUCCAAUUAGCCCAUCUAUGCUGACAUCUACUGUUAACGUUAGGCUUGAACCUGGGCAGCAAGAUGUCCUGAAUUUCUCACUGGCUGAGAGCAACACUGUUCCACUAUAUCACUCUUUCCACUACGCUUCUCUGAGAGUGAAAACCAAAAAAUGGUCCAAAGGUAAAGUAUUUAAUGGGAGUAGGAGACGGAUUUCCUGCAAAGAUCUGGGGCAUGGAGAUUGUGAGGGCUGGCUGUGGAAGAAAAAAGAUGCCAAAGGUUACUUUACACAAAAAUGGAAAAAAUACUGGUUUAUUCUGAAGGAUUCUUCACUAUACUGGUACACAAACCAGAAUGAUGAAAAAGCAGAAGGAUUCAUCAGUUUACCUGAGUUCAGGAUAGAUAGAGCCAUCGAAUGCAGAAGGAAACAUGCCUUUAAAGCAUGCCACCCCAAAAUUAAAAGCUUCUACUUUGCGACUGACUGUCUUGAAGAAAUGAAUAGAUGGAUGAAUCGUCUGGGUCUUGCAGCCAUUGGUUACACACCUGAUGACAAGGAAAUUCGUCCAGAUGAAGAUUACUGGAGUGAAAGUGACCAGGACGAUAUUGAUGGCUCUUUAACUCUGAAACAGGAAGGCUCCUCAACACUGGGUGACACCUAUCAUCGAACACCCUCAGUGAAUUCUUCAAGUCCAUUCCCUGAACCCAAACAUGGCCGACAUUUUUCAAGUGAAUCAACUCAUUCUCAUUCUUCUGCGGAGGACUCCCGACAAGAUGCCACAGGAAGUACACAUUCAUCAGGAUGCAGGCCUUCCUACCGAGAAAGGCGCUCAUGGCAGGACCUUAUAGAGACCCCUUUAACCAGUUCAGGGCUCCAUUUUCUUCAGACUGUUCCUCCUGACUCAGAAUACAUAAGUGGUCGACCUGGAAUGUCACCAGAUAAGCGAAGACAAGCAACAUUACCAGUCCAAAGACGUCACAACCAUGAACGGGAUGGGCCUUUCCCACUAGUGGAAUGUCAGAGAGGACAUAGUUCUCACAGUAGGCCUCAGAAACAACGUAGUCAGAGUCUUCCGCGAAACAGAGAUGUCAGGAGCAAGGGAUGUGUAAAGUCUGCAGGCAUAUCAGAAGAGAUGCCAGAAGAGAAACUUCUUAUUAAAAGGCAAAAUAGUUUCUGUAAUGAAGAAAAUACAAAGGAAAUACAAGAAAGUACAGAUGGUCUGCAACAGUUGUACAGGUCUUUGGAACAAGCUAGCUUGUCGGCCUUUGGAGAACAGCGACCCUCCACCAAGCAGGAAUUCCGUAGGUCUUUUGUAAAGAGGUGCAAUGACCCAAUUGUCAAUGAAAAGCUUCAUCACAUCAGAGUUCUCAAGAGCACUUUAAAAGCAAAGGAAGGAGACCUGGCAAUUAUCAACAACCUUCUGGAUGAUCCCAGCUUAACAUCAAAGAAAUUUAAAGAAUGGAAACUACAGAACUAUGAAUUCUUCCUGGACAUUUGUGAGUACAGUGCUGCUCUGAAAUCUCAAAAUGGAGCCUCUGAACUUGCAACCCCAGCACCACUGCUGACACACACACAUUCAUUCAUUGAAACGCACGUCUGACAGGACUAGCAGCUAAACACUUGUUGAGUGCCAUGAAAAAUCUAAUAAGACAAACACUGUAAUAUUUGUAAAUAAUGUACUCAGCAGUAUUGUAAAUAAGUUGGAUAAGAGAAUAGUGCCACAGGAUGCCUACUACAUUGCAUGAUAAAACAGUAAUAUUCUGUUCUGGAUUAUUUUUGUUUGCUAUUAUCUGCCAACAUGCGUAUCGAGCU